CCUUUAUAAAAAUUCACCAUGGACGCACAAAUCAGAGAGCUUAUUCCCUUCUUACAUCAACCUGCAGUAGAGAUUAGAGCCAUUGCUCUUCACCACCUCGUACCUUAUACUCCUAAUGGUAGUGAGUACCGUCAUUUAUUGCUCGAACAAAGACAAGUUGUCUGUAAAGAUCUCAAGCAAUUGGUGACAGAGGAUCCCAUCACUGCUCAUGAUGCCCUUCGAUCAUUAAUCAACUUGUCAAGUGAUCCCCUUGUUCAACAGGAAUUAGACGAUGUUAACUUUCUCAAGUAUAUGGGACGUUUGAUUACAAAUGCCAAAUCUGUUCUUGCAGAUCUUGCUUGUAUGUUAUUAUCCAACAUGACAAAAUAUGAGCCCACUUGUGUAAAAGUGAUCCAAGCAACUGCCGAACCUGUAGAAGGAUUAAGUCAAUCCACCCGUUUAUUGGAUCAAUUGGUUGAGGCAUUCCACAAGGGCUACAAAAAGGAAUACAACCCUGAAGCCGAAUAUCACUUUUUGGCUAGUGUGUUCUCUAAUGUCAGCAGUAUCCGUCUUGGCCGUGUCUUUAUGAUUGAACGUGCAGCUGUUGAUAAUUUGUCCCCACUCACCAAGUUACAAAUCUUUACCGAAGAUGCUAGUGUCAUUCGUCGUGGUGGUGUUGAUUCAGUCAUCAAGAACUGUUGUUUUGAAACUCGUGAACAUGAACGUCUUUUAGAUCCAUUGGAUAUUAAUGUUUUGCCUUUCAUUUUAUUACCUUUGUGUGGUAGCGAAGAGUAUGAAAUCGAAGAAUUUGAGCAGUUCCCUGAAGAAAUUCAAAUGUUGGGUGAAGAUAAGAAACGUGAAACUGAUCCAAUGCUCCGUACCAUGUUAUUGGAAUCCAUCAUUUUGUUAACUACAACGCGUUUUGGUCGUGAUUAUUUACGUCAAAAGCAAGUUUAUCGUGUUAUUCAACGUCUUCAUGUUCAAGAGACCGAUGAGGAAAUCAAGGAACAAUGUGUCACAAUUGUUGACAUGUUGAUUCGUGAUGAAGAUGCUCCCGAGAUUACUGAAGUUGAUAAGGAAGAGGAUGAGGAUAUGGUGAUUGAAGAGAUUGCAUAAAAAAUAAAAACAUAUUUAGACCAAUUAGAAAAUGCGUGACUUCUUUACGUGGUACCCCUCCCCUCACACUAAGACCUAUUUUUUUAUUUUUUCUCUUUUUUUUUCUUUUU